CGCGCCGCACGCUAUACAAUAUCAGAAAUUUUUAUACUUUUCAUCUUCACCUCUCCUUCCGACCUCAACCAGUUAUGUCACACAUUGAGGAAGUAUCGCUGAGCCUGACGGUCUCGCUCACUCCGACCCCCUCCUUCGUUGUCAAGACAAAGGUGGCGUCGCUUCCUGAACACAACCUCACGGGUGCCACCUACGCCCUUGGCCAGAAGAUCUUCCUCAACAUCUGCAGCAACGCCCUCGUCCCGUUGCCACCAACGCCGUUUCAUCCAACACAGACAUUUCCGCUCAUUAUGGAGAAUGCAUGGGAGAUCCCGAUCAUCGUGUCGCGUGAGCGCACCGCCACGGAUAAGCAAGGCGUGGUGUGCUCGGUGUACGACUGUAUGGUGAAUGACUCAGCGAUGGAGUGGAUCCACGCGGAUUCCAACUUGCGGAUGAUUGCAAUCGAAUGGUGUUUAGAGAGUAUUGAGUACAACUCACUGUGCACCGUCAGCCGCGAGUACGCGAUUCCGAAGAUGAAGUUCAAGGGCGAGGUUGUUGCGACCGAGUUAUUACUGUCGGAAUUGGCGGGGCGCAGUGGGAUGCAGCACGAAAUGGAGCGGCUAAAAGAGGAUGAGGUGAUUGGGUUGAUUCUGGAGAGCAGAGAGGAUGAUGAUGAAUUGCCUGCGUUAUUCCCCCUGACCACCACCGCCAGACCGUUGAUCCAGGAGAUCAGCGAGUUGUCUAUUGAAGAAAAGGAAGGUACAAAGGGUCUGAAGACAGAGGUUAAAUUAGUCACCGGGGCCCCGAAGGAUAUCAGGAAGCUCCAAUUUAGGGUGUCAUUUCACAAACUCACAGGGAAUCAUAAGUUGCAAAUCAAAAUCUCAAACGAGCACUUGACAUCGUCAUUUGACUACAGGUUGGCUUAUUUAAAGGACAGCCAUGUGCUAGUGGUGGAGAGCUGUGUGGAGUCAACUGUGGUUAUCAAUAACGCCUUGGAGAUUCCGUUGCCCGUAGGCAUGGGCACCGGGUUUGAGAGUUUCUAUAUCAAGGAUGAGGCCGCGUUGUGUGUGUUUAUCAGGUAGAGGAUAGGCCGUGGAUGAUUCUUCAUUCAUGAUUCUUUAUGGAUGCUAGUGUAAUGCAUAUCACCAGAUAUCUGAAAGAGAGGCCAAGAGGAAACGAAUCUUUCUGAGGAUAUCUAUCUACUAGCUUCGGAUUCCACAAACUUGGAGUAGGUGAAAAUGAGCAUGGAAAUGAUUUCGAUUGGAUAUAGUGCAAAACAAACAAGAGGUUAAUCAACGUAAUUUCCAAUAUACUAGCCAACUCUUAGAUAUUUAGCUCAUUGUCCCCCGCGGCCUGCCUGUAAACAAAUUCUAGCCAAAAAUAGUAGCCUUCAGAGCUCUAACUGAAUACACCCCACAGUCGUUAUCACCCAAUCGUAGAUAUAGGAGGAUAAAUAUUAGCAAGAAUCUCCAUACCCGUGGGAAAUCAACC